AUGUCAAUUCAGAAGCUCAAAGUCGGAAUGGCAGGCUUAGGCCGUGUCGGAAAGCUCCAUGCUACCAACUUCUUGCACCGCACUCCUCGGGCUGACCUGGUGGCUGCUUUUACUCCGGAUCAGUCAGAGCUUGCCUGGGGUAGAGAGAACUUGGAGCCUUAUGGAGUCACGUUGUACGACAACUACCUGAAAAUGCUUGAGCACCCCGGUUUGCAAGCAGUGGCCAUUGGAACUGCGACAUCGGUGCACGCAGAGGAGACAAUGCAGGCUAUUGACAAGGACUUGCACGUCCUAUGUGAGAAGCCUUUGUCUACGGAUGUUGAAGUAUGCAGACAAGUUGUCCGGAAAGCGCAGUCAAAGCCUCACCUGAAGGUGAUGUGUGGCUUCUCUCGACGCUUCGAUGAAUCCUACCGCGACGCAUAUGAGAAAGCUAGCAAAGGCCUCAUCGGCCGCCCAGCCAUCGUCCGCAGUCAGACCUGCGACAAGUUAGACCCUUCCGGAUUCUACGUGGAAUACGCCGCCUGGUCUGGUGGCGUCUUCGUCGACAUGUCCGUUCACGACAUCGACCUGACUCUUUGGUUCUUCGGCGACGACUCUACCCCCAAGAGCAUCUCCGCCCACGGUCUCCGUGCCGUGCAGCCCGAGCUGGCCAAAUACAACGACUUCGACAACGCAGUUGGUAUCAUUGAGUUUCACAACGGCAAGAUCGCCUACUACUACUGCACGCGGAUGAUGGCACACGGUCAGGAAGACACAACUGAAGUCAUCGGUACGGAGGGCAAACUCACGAUUAACGGCAACCCGCAAAAGAACUUUGUUAACCUCUAUCACACCGCUGGUAUUACGCGCGAGGUGCCUCCCAACUUUAUGGGACGGUUUGGACCUGCGUUCGUGCAAGAAUCAAAUGAGUUCACUGCUUCUUGUCUGGACAACACACCGCUGCCGAUAAACUUGAACAAUGCGGUUAGGGCUGUUGAGAUUGGCGCGUAUUUGCAGGAAGCAUUGGUAACAGGCAGACAGAUUCGGUUUGAUGAGAGUGGGAAGCGAAUUGAACAGUCGCAGCUGUAA